AUGAAGAGUUGGCUGGAAACCGCCAGCGGCAUGGAGGAUGGUUCUCUCCCGUGCAUGCUGGCCGAGCCUCGGGAAGCACUGCUGCCCAUUACGGGUAGGGAAAACUUGGCACCAAGGAAAAGGGACAGGACCCUAGAGCCAUGUGCAAUUUCAGAAGAGGCAUAUCUCUCUAGCGGCACUGGGUCUCCAUGCGCUGGACUUUCACGCGAAGAACGCCGCAGGAGGCGAAGAGCCACUCUCAAAUAUCGAACGGCCCACGCUACCAGGGAAAGAAUUCGCGUAGAAGCCUUUAACGCCGCAUUCGGAUCUUUGAGGAGGUUACUUCCAACUCUACCACCUGAUAAAAAACUGUCAAAAAUUGAAAUACUUCGAUUGGCGAUUUGUUAUAUCGCUUAUCUUAAUCACGUUUUAGAUGCAUAG